AUGGCAUACGAAUCAAAGUAUGAGAUGCCAGACAUCCUUGAGAAAAUUCUCAAGUGUCUGCCGAAAGAAUACGAAGCUCUCGAAAGCGCUCCGUUUUCUUAUCGUAAUUUCAAGAAAAUAGUCCAGUUUAACGUCAACGUUAAACCGGUCGUGACAUGCGAGCGCACCAUCAAGCAGCUCUACAAGGAUCUGAUGAUGUUCGAUUUUAUUUCCGGAGAAGAAUACUCUCGCAUUGAUCUCGAUGAUGCCUGCACUCUCGCAUCUCUCAUCAAGCACACCAACGGAUUCGAGGAAGUCAACGGCAACAGUCCGGCGAUGUUCUUCAAGAUCACCGACACUCAGGAGCUCAUCAUCGAGCUCAAGGCCAAGCCCGGACCUCAGGGCAACACCGCCAUCUAUGUCAGGGAGAAGGUCAAGGCCUCCUCCAAGAAGGCCUAUGUCGUCUUCAAGGGCAACACCUGCGAGACCGGCAUCGACUUCCCUCCGUACACCAGUGAGAUGGUCAUCUACUGGAAUCAUAUUCCCGGUCUCCCUCCGGAGAUGGUAAGAGCUCCCCUUAUCCUCGAGAACACUUCCCUGAGGCCUACUGAUGUAUUAUGCGGCAGAGAAGUCACCGAAGUCCGCAAUGAGAUUCAGAGGAUCCUGAAGAAUCAUGCAGCAACCUCCUUCAACAGAGAGUUCGAUUUUGACCGUUUCCUUAUCCGCUACCCUUGGGAGUGUUCCCCGAGACUCAUGCCCUGCAUCAUGAAGGUCGCUGGACGCGAAUACGGUGAUGAGCUCCCCUGCUCGCAGUACUCCGGAUGUCCUUCGGCUCAGACGACAUACUCCUUCCUAUGUCCCGACAAUCCUGCAAACCUUCCCAACGGAAUCGAGCAGCAUCGCGCACUCGAUGACGCAUUGAUGGAGGCCUAUAUCCUUAGGGAGAUGAUCAAGCGCGGAGAUUACGAGGUGGACCUCGAUGAAUGA